AAGUCGCAGUUUAAAAACUAAAAAGUAAAAAACUUUAAAAAGCCAAGGAUUCCUUGGAAUAAGUUGGAUUGGCAAGGAAAUACAAAAGUCUGAACCUCUUCUGUUUUGGGAAAGUAAAUUUCUUAUGUGUAAUACAAAGCACUCAGAACCUGACCAUGGUGAACGAACACUUUACCGGGCUGGAAGAAAUAAUAAAAUGUGUGGUGGUUGGUGACUCUGGGGUGGGCAAGACUUAUCUAACAUGUGCUUACGCUUGUAAUGCCAAGUACAGCCUGGAAAAGCUGGUCAAGACUCACCAGGCCACAGUGUGGGCUGUAGACCAUUACCAGCAUGAUAGAGAGAUUCUGGAGCGGUCUUUGUGUGAUGUAGAUGGAUGUCCAGUUUCAAUGCGUAUCUGGGAUACAUUUGGUUAUCAUGAUAAGGACAGGGGAUUUGCAUAUAGAGAAGCGGAUGUGAUUGUGUUGUGCUUUAGUGUUCUUCAACCCAAUUCUUUACGCAACAUUCAGAGGGUUUGGUACCCAGAGAUCCGCAGGUUCAGCCCCACCACACCUGUAGUCCUGUGUGGCACCCAGGCUGAUCUCAGAUAUCUUUGUUUUGAUGAGAAUCACAUUAAUAUGGAGAAGGGAUUGCUCUUCAAACCAAUUUCACCUAAUGAUAUUAUUAUACCAAGCGUUGGCAGGGAGGUUGCAAAAGACAUUGGGGCACCCUACUACGAGUCAAGUGUUCUGAACCACUUUGGAGUUUCUGAUGUAUUUAUUAAUGCAGCACGGGUAGCUCUAAUUGAGCGUCGCAAAACAAAAUUUUGGAACACUCACCUGCGCAGAAUCCAGCGCCCUCUAAUCCAGCCCCCAAUGACAAUGCCUGUCCCUGGAUUUGCUGGCAUUAAAAUAGCAAAAGCUUUCCUCAAAUCUGACAUUUCAGGCCUGUUAAACGACAGGUCGGAGUGUGAUGUCAUUUUUCUCGUUCAGAACACCAGACUUGAAGCUCACCGUAUUUGCCUGGCGGUCAGCUCAGUAUUCUUCCAAGAACUUUUUUCCUUAGAAUCUUUAAUGAAAUACAAAGCCAACAGAAGAAGGAACAAGCUUUUAUGCCAAAAAUUUCCCAGGAGGUUUAGCCCCAACGACAGUGACUUUAUAGAAAGCGACCUGGACUCAACUGACACGGAGUCAGGUUCCCAGACGUCGACGUCUGACGACUUCCUAUCCGGCUCCAUGCGCUCAUCCACCAGACACCACCCAACAUUCCCAAUCAUCAUUCCCUACGAUCACAAAGCCGUGGAGACCAUUGAGAUCAGCUACGAGGAGGAUCCCUACUACCCUUCGCACAAGAUACUCCGGACGUAUAUAUCACUGAGCAGUGAUAUAUCAGCAACAGCCUUCCACGCCCUUGUUGAGUACCUUUACAUUGGGAGCCUAGAGAGUGAGGUAGAUCUCAAUGAACUUAAGAAAACUGCUGAGCUGCUCCAGAUCCCAGAGCUGAUUGAAGCCAUAGAAAAUGUCUUGUCCAACCAAAGUUUCCUAAAUCUUGAAGUGGAUAAAAAGUUCCAUCAGAAAAGGGUGAAGAGACUGAGGGAAUUGGCCCUGGAUAGAAACUUCCUUGCAGAUAUCUCAUUUGAAGUGGAUAAUGGUAUUGUAUUUGCACAUAAAGCUCUUCUGAUGGCCAGAUGUGAAAUGAUGUAUGCUAUGUUUAACAAUGAUUUUAUUGAAUCAGCUUCUGAUGUUAUUCCCUUCCCUGGCAUUACAGUGAGAACGUUCAGGGCCCUGCAAGAGUACCUGUACACAGGGGAGUCCCCUUGUAUGGAGGAGGUUGACUGUAUCACCCUGAUUGAAGUGGCCAACAGGCUGUGCCUGCCUCGACUGGUCAACAUGGUGGAGGCCUCCGUGGUGGAUGAACUGCUCACCUACGAGCAGGACGAGAUGUUGCAGGAUGCUAUAUUGCUUCUAGAACCAUCUGAGUUAUAUAAUGCAAAACAGCUGUCAAAGUUCUGUCAGUACAUACUGAGCAUCAACUUCCGGGAUGUCACACAGAGGCACCACAAGUUGUUCCAUGAGCUGCCCGCUGACAAACAGGAGUUGAUUGAACAGAAACAGUGGCCUCCAGUGUGGUAUGAGAAAGAGUUGGAACAGUACAACAGUCUAAGCCAGCCCCUGUCAGCUUGCCAGCAAAUGGUGGCCAAGAGCUGCAAUAAGAACUGGGGGUGCCUGUGCUUCAUACGGAGGGGUAAACGUGAAAUAUGUUAAAAGUAAUUGUAUUUCAGAGAUUUACUGCUAAUAUGGUUAUAAUAAUUUAGACUAUUGUUUAUUUAUUCUUCACCAUAUGUGUAUUUUUUUUAUUUAAAAAACCAUUUAAAGUGCACUUAUAUUGCUUGCAAAAUGUAUGGAUAUAUCUGUUCUAAAUAAGAAUAACAUGGUAUUAAAAAAAAAUUUAUUGAUAAAUUAGUAUUAAAGUUGCUGAAAAAGUAUUGAUACCUAUUUACAAUGUACAUUCUUUUUUGCUUUCAUUGCAUUUUAACGUGUACAGAAUUUGUUUUAAAAUCUCUGGAAACUGAGCAUUUACUGUUUGUGUUGCAUGUAAUUAUUGCUUAUCAUGUUUAUUUACAUUGUUUUCACUUUUCUCAAACAAUGUAAUAACAGAAUUCAUCAUCAUUUUGUUCACCAGUUACAGUUGCUCAUCAAUUAAAUGUAAUUGUUUUAAAAACUCUUACAACUAUUAUACAUUUUACAUUAUUUUAUCAUGUAAAAUCUCAUUUUGGAAACUUUUCUUUUAGGACAAAAGUCUCUUCUUACAUAUUUUUUUUUCUAAGUAAAUCUUUAAAAGUAUUUUCAUGAGUUAUUUUCCAUGACGCAUAAUAUAAUAAAGAACUAGGGAUGUUAACAUAUCCCUAUCACAGACACGGCAUAGCACCUCAUUUACUCUUGCACCAUGUAAACUAUACAUGUCUAGGAAGACAACUUGCAAAAAGUUAAAAAAUACAUUUUCCCACGGGAUAUGCAUAUUGCUGCUUUUUUUCUUCUAGACAUAUAAAUGUUGCAAGUGUGACUUGACUUAGUCCUCUUUGCUCCUUAUGGAACAUAGGGCCUCCACCAUUUCCUUCCAUUUCUUCCUAUCCCCGGCUAUUAAUUUUGUCAUCUCCCAAGACAUAAAUGUUGCAAGUGUAAACGAGGUAAAACAUUUACAUCUUGUCAGGUGAUAACCAAGAUUUCUUUACCUGCACCAAAGUCUCAUCAGUUUUAUCUACCCAAGUUUUGUCUAGUUUUUGUGUGUGUUCAUGUGUAAUAUUUGUUUCUACCCCACAAGAAUGUCACAAUUUCAUUUGAAUAUAUUUAAUUAAAUUUGAUACUUGAUUUAUUUUACUUAAAAUUUUAAAAAAUACUAAUUGUGUAUAAUGAGUUAAAAUCAUGAGUGCUUUUUAAAUUGCAUUAUAUUUUUAUACCGACAUUUAAAAAAAAAAAUACUGUUUGUAUACCAUGGACAAUGUUAGCAGCAAAAUUUACUGUUAAAUGGCUAUUUCUGUUUUGUUUUUUUUAAAUGUGUUACUUUGGUUCUUUAUUAGUUUUGAUUGUCUCCCUGUUUCAAUAGAAACUGCCAAAGAGUGAUGUGGAUUUUCCAUUCCUGUUAAAUUUUAAAUUAUAUUUUUUCUAUUCAAAUUUAUACAAAAAUAUUUUUUUUAAUUUUUAUAAUAGCUCCAACUUGGUAAAGCUGUUUUUUUUUUUAAAAUCUCAUGCUGCUAAAUACUGUAAAUAAUUUUAUGGAAGUUUUUUUGUGUGAUUUGAUGAGCUUUUCCUCUAUUACUGCAUUUCUGCUUGCUGAGGUUUCUCAUAGAAUGAUCAUGACUUGUUUUAUAUUCUAGAUACUGUGAUUCAUCAUUGUGUCUGCAAACGUAUAAUUUUACCUCUUUCUGUGAGAUUCAAAUGCCAUAAUUAUUUUUGUGUGAAUUUAUACAGAUUACAAUUUUUUGCUCAUUCUGUUGCCUUUAAACAAGUUUUACACUGAAAGAGAUUUACAAUCUAUAGAAAGCAUUUAUUUUUAAAUUUGUAUUGCCCAUGAUUGUGGACAUAUUUCCCCAGCAAAUACCAUUAUAUUUUUGUAAUGCUAAAACCAACAGUUAAAAAUUUCCAAUAAUUUAAAAAAUGUUCUUGUGAUCAGUGUACAUCCAUUAUUAUUUUUUUUGUAUUCUACAUACAUUCUUAAUUAAUGCCAAGUAUGCAAAAUUUUUAAAAAAUUAAUUUUAUGAUUUGCAAGCACUGCAAACCACAUAUUACCAAUUUAUACUUUUAUGUUGGGUUUCCAAAAUAUAAAUGUAUAUACUUAGUUCACUUUUUUUUAUACUAUCAGAGGUCAAAGGGUACAUCUUCACAUUUUGUUUUGGAAUUUUUUUUGGAAGAAAAAUAAGAAUAGUCAGCCAAAGAAGCAGAAACCCAAAUGAGACGUAAAUACUAUUUUAUUUUUAAAUUUGUUCAAUGGCAAAGCAGUCUUUUACCUGCAAACCUUACCCGCAAAAUGUCAAUAAAGGUUUACAAAAUGA